AUGGCAGCCCUGGGGGACAGCCAGGAGCCCCCUCCUGCUCUGCCCCAUGUCAGUCUCUCGUCACCGGGGACACCACCCGGAGCCCACCAGCACCCUGGAGCCCUGCUUCACCUCCAUGAUCAUCCACAUGACAUUCCUGGUUCCAGCCCUGAGGUGCGCUUCCAGCCCCAGGAGCUGUCAGACCUGGAGCCCCAAGACGAGCAGGAAGUUGACAUCGGCAGAAACACCUGCUGGCCUGAUUCUGAAUCGGAGCUGGAGAAGGCACCACCAUCUGCCCAGUGUGAGGCUCCCGAGGUAGUGGGGGGCCAGGGGGCAGGGGUGCUGAAGAGCCUGCUCAGGGCCCUUCCCCGGAGACCGAAGUGUGGGGACAGCUUUGGGCCAGAGGCCAGUUUGGAGUGGCCCACAGGCCAGCCAUCAGGGACUGGACCGUGCACACAAAAGACAGGCACCUGGCACAUGGCGCUCUUGUCACAGGGAACUCCGGGGAGCAGUGGGGGCUUGGGCCUGGCCUUCGGGGACCGGCAGGGUAGCCCACGAGGUGGAAAGCCGCACCCCUGUGAGACCUGCGGCAAGAGCUUCAAGUACAACUCGCUGCUACUGAAACACCAGCGCAUCCACACCGGGGAGAAGCCAUACGCCUGCCACGAGUGUGGCAAGGCCUUCCGCGGCUGGUCAGGUUUCAUCCAGCACCACCGCAUCCACACGGGCGAGAAGCCUUACGAGUGCGGCCAGUGCGGCAAGGCCUUCAGCCACAGCUCACACUUCACGCAGCACCUGCGCAUCCACAACGGCGAGAAGCCCUACAAGUGUGGUGAGUGCGGCCAGGCCUUCAGCCAGAGCUCCAACCUGGUGCGGCACCAGCGGCUGCACACGGGCGAGAAGCCGUACGCCUGCAGCCAGUGUGGCAAGGCCUUCAUCUGGAGCUCCGUGCUCAUCGAGCACCAACGCAUCCACACGGGCGAGAAGCCCUACGAAUGCCACGAGUGCGGCAAGGCCUUCCGCGGCCGCUCCCACUUCUUCCGGCACCUGCGGACCCACACGGGCGAGAAGCCCUUCGCCUGCAGCGCCUGCGGCAAGGCCUUCGGCCAGAGCUCGCAGCUCAUUCAGCACCAAAAGAUCCACUUCCGGGAGUAG